AUGCUUUAAAUACCAAAAAAAUCUGUUGCAUAUGAGAAGAUUUUAGCAGAUUUUUAUUAACAAUUUAUCUCAUAAGAAAUAGCUAGUCAAAGACCUUAAAUUGAAUUUUUGCAUUUUCUUUGCAGUUCAUUCAUGAUGGAAAAACUUCUUAAAAUUUAGGAAGAAAGUAUUAAAAAUAAAGAUGAUGAAUAUUCUGCUAGAACAGAAUUAAAUAAAUUUAUAUAAUACAUGGUAAAUUAAAAGGCUGCAUAUUUAAAUGAGAGUGUUCGUGAUGAAUUAUUAACUUUAUCAAAGAAUAGACUUGAUGAAUCAUAUUUAAUAGGAUAUAGUUAAUUUUAUAAAUAUCACCCAUUAAUUACUACUUCGAUUAUGUCUGAGAAAAUAAAUUAUAUUUAAGAAUAUUUAACUCAUUAAAAUUAAAUAUUUUAAGAAUUCAAAAAUAAACUCAAGUUUAAUCAAUAUUCAAAUAGUGAUACAAUUAAUACUACUAGAUAUCUCACUUUAAGUGGCUUAAGUUAAUUUGCUAAGAACAUAGAAAAUAAGAACAUUAGCUCAAAGGAUGAUAAAGUUAGAGAUUUGAAAUUGAUAGAAGAGAGUGUUUAAAUAAAAGAAAAGUACUUUAACACUUUUAUAGAAGAUGAUUGGUUAAGAAUUAUAGUCCAAAUAGAAAAAUGUUAGAAGUCUCAUCUUGAUCCAUUGAGUCAACAAGAUUUCUCUAAAAUAUAAUAACUUAUUGAAUAAAAGCAAUUACCAUAUCAAAUUGCAAAUCAAAUGAAAUAAGAAGUUCUGAAAAAAUUAUAACAGAAGAGACAAUAAUAAUAAUAAUAGCAAGAAAAUGAUGAAAAGUCUGUUAAAUAUUCUUAAUUAAUCAAAUAUAAGUUAUCUCAUGACACUAAAUUAAUUGAGUGUUUAUUGAAUUAAUAGAAAAAUUUGCUUGGUGUAAAGUUAUAAGAUCUGCCAAAUGUAAUCUCUUACAUUUAAAUAAGUAAAUUUUGUAAUAUCAUAUGUUGUGGCUGUUAUGAUGGUAAUAUAUUAGUAUAUGAUAUGAAUGAAUUGAAAUAAAAUAGAUAGAAUAGAUUACUUUGCAAUCCAAGUUUUGAAAUGCAUAUUCAUGAAGGGCCAGUAACAGCUAUAAGUAUUUUGUAUGAUGAAAGUUACAUUAUAUCAGUUUCAGUGGAUUUAACUAUAAAAUUUUCUUGUUUAAAAUCUAGAUAACCUUUAGUUGUAUAUAAAGGUCAUUUAUAAACAAUUUGGCAUUUAGCAUUUGCUCCAAUGGGAUAUUGGUUUGCAAGUGCAUCUUCAGAUGGAACUGCUCUAUUAUGGGCUACUGAUUAAAAUUAAUGUAUUAGAAUAUUUGGACCUGUAAUGAAUUAAGUAAAAUUAGUAGAAUUUGUUCCUUCUGUUGAAUAUGUAGUAACUGCUGAAGAAAACAGAAUAGUAAGAAUAUGGUCUAUUGAUAAAGCUGAGUGUAUGUAUAUCUCAAUUUUGGAUGGGAACAUCACUUGUAUGAAUAUAUCAUUUACUGGUUAAUUCUUAUGUAUAGGAUGUGAUUCUGGAUCUGUUAUAUUGUUUUAUUUACCAAUCACUAAACUAUUAAAAGAUAAAAUUUAUUUAUAAAGAAGUGAUUUUCAUAGUGCUAAUGGUAGAGAUUAUAUCAGAUCAGUUUCUAUUAGUCUUGAUGAAACUACAUUAAUGUGCUGUAAUUCAAAUAGGAUUGGAUUUUUCAAUAUAGCUGAUCUUAUGAAGAAAACUAGUGAAGAUGUUUUUAAAGGUUUAGAAUAAAGUAUUAAAUCUAUUGAAUAUGAAAAAAAUAAUUGGAGCAGAAAUGCUGUUCCUAUAGAGUUAUUAGAAUUAUAAGAUUACAUUCAUUUAGCAUAAUAUGUUUGCAACGGGUUUGCUUUAUACGUUUGUAAAUGA